GGUAUAAAUAAAAUAUCUUUAUGUGUAAAAAUAUAAAAAACGAAAUUAUUGCGUGUGGAUCUUCGCAUAGUAUUAUUAUUUAAUACACACUUGUCUUAAAUUUGACUGUAUACAAACAUAAUGUGGGGCGCGAACUGCAGUACAAUAAUACACGUCAUAUAUCCCGACUACAAUUAUCAUAAUCAACCUGAAGCAGGUUAGGUAUCUGUAGACCUAAUAACAGUAUAGGUACGUCCUAGAUGAGGUAAAGAAAAAAUUAAAAAAUAAGAUCAUAGAAAAAAAAAUACCAUUACUUGCUAUUAGUGGUUAUGGCCAUUUCGGUCUGUUUACGCUCAUGUUAUGGACAGAGGCGUUUAUAUCUGUCGAAAACUGGAAAUACAUACCAUAUACCUGUUUAAUGGAAUCGCGCAAAACUGUCGCAAACAUCAUCACCCAUUAUCGGGGGCAUAAUGUGCGCAUGUGUAAUAUUUUGUAUAAAAGCGUCGCGUGACAGCGGUCUGUCAUAUUCACUCGUCAACCGUCGUCGCAAAUAAUAAGUGUUCAGAAUUAUCUGUUCGUGCAGUUUAUAUCGCAGCCAGUCGCUUUUACGCAGAGUCCAGUGCAACCAAAGAAAUCAACAAUGUUCGCUAAAGUAGCAGUUUGCUUCGCUUGCGUGGCCGUAUUCGCCGCCCAGGCCCAAUACUACCCCGCGGCCGCUUACCCUUCCACCGCCGUGGUGCACGCCUCCCCGGUUGCUUACCCCGCUUACCCAGCAGCCGCCUACCAACCGGUCAACCCGAACCCAUCGUACGCGUACAAGUAUGGCGUGUCCGACCCGGCCACCGGUGACUACAAGACCGCCGAGGAGAGCCUGUCCAACGGCGUGGUCCAGGGACAGUACAGUCUGGCUGAACCCGACGGCACAGUCAGGACCGUGUCGUACACCGCCGACGACGUCAACGGUUUCGUAGCCCAGGUCACCAAGGGCGCCAAAGUCAUCGCCCCCGCUGCCCCGGUGUACUCUGCCCCGGCUCCGGUUUACUCCGCACCGGCACCAGUUUACGCGGCAGCACCCGCCCCGGUGUACGCGCCCGCCGUCCACGCCCCGGUGUACGCUCCCGCCGUUUCGUACCCGUUCCCGUACAAACGUCAAGCGUAAAUGAAAGCGACCACGACGCCGCUUCAAAAAUGCAUCAUCGUCAUUUUCACUUUGCGUUUAUUGCAUCAUCAUCAUCAUCGUCAUCAUCAUUAUUAUUAUUAUUAAUAUUAUUAAUAUCAUGUGUGUAAUGCUGCUGCAGGGAAGACCUCCUCGCGACGCUCCUUCUUCGUAUAUUAUAUAUUGUCUUGUCUGUAUUCGUUUUAUCUUUUUAUUUUUGUGUAAUAUUUAGUUUCCUACUUGUAAUAUUAUGGUAUAAUAUAUUAUAAAUAUAUAUUGUUUUACCGUAAACAAGUGACAUAUUUUUAUGUACCUGUCUAUAUAACCCUUUAUCCUGAGCUCCAAGUGCCGUGUGAUUUUCGAUUGCACGCGUUCGCCAAAUCCACAUAAAAUCCAUACCCGUGUUAUGUAAGUUUCCGAUUUCUGCGGUCAAACUGAAAAAAUAUGUACCUAGGUACGUCUCUUCGAAAAACGAGCAAAAUAUGUUUUGUAGUUACUAUUAUAUAGGUACCUACCAUUAUUAUAUUCAUUGACGUCAUGUUAUGUAUUUUGACUUAACCCGUUACUAAAUAACGUGGGCCAUAAUUUAAUCUAUCUAUUAUUUUAUCAGUAUAUCACAUAUCAAUCUGUGUUGUAACUUUUAAAUAACAUACUACGCAUUAUGCCAUUAUCAAUAAUAAAUAAUUAUUUAUCGUGAUGCAACACGAUAUAAAUAUAUAGUAAAUUAAUACUUCCACGUGUUUACUAUCAAUUGUGGGUAUCAGUCAUUUCAAUAAGUUUCGACGACAAUUUCAAGAUACCUAUAUGAUUUAAAAAUGAAUACAAUCAUUUUAACCACAACGAAUCGUUAUGAAAAUAGCGUUUAUAGAUUUUAAGCUGUGACUCAUAUUAUUACAUAUUGUAAUGCUUAU